CACAGACAGACAGACAGUCAGACAGACAGUCUCCUGAGGUGAUCCACCGGCUGGUCCCGGCGGGGCGGAGCUGGGCGGGGUCAGGUGUCUCCUUGUUGACGGUGUUCAGUCGGUGAAACAACACUCACCUGUCCGCACCGAGAGGAAACAGGCUCGCGCUCAGAACCGGACACAUGCACCGGGAGAACGUGCCGCUCGGUCUGUAACGUGACACGUUUUGGCGAGUUUGUUUUUCCGGUGUUCGUGCGGAUUGUUUCCACGGAGAAGAAACACGAUGCGAGAUGUUCACCUGAACAAUGAGACGUGCACGAACGGGUCGGUGGUCCGGGUGUGGUGUGGCUCUCAGUCUGUGGUGUGUUCACUCAGCGGAGAUCAAACGCUGUUCUACACAACGGACAACAACAGCACACACACCACAGAUGUGCAGUCAGACGUUACCUACAACCCGUGGCUUGGCCUGACGCUGGCCCUGCUGUCGGCCUUCCUGAUUGGUGGGAGCGUCAUUCUGAAGAAGAAAGCUCUCCUCCGAUUGGCCAGCAACGGACACACCAGAGCAGGUGAUGGAGGUCACGGCUACCUGAAGGACUGGCUGUGGUGGGGCGGCCUGUUGACCAUGGGAGCUGGAGAGGUCUGUAACUUCGCCGCCUACAUGUUCGCUCCGGCCACGUUGGUGACGCCACUCGGCGCUCUGAGCGUCCUCAUCAGUGCGGUUCUCUCCUCCUACCUGUUGGGGGAGGUGUUGAACGUUGUCGGGAAGCUUGGCUGUGUGCUGUGUGUGCUGGGGAGCAUCUUGUUGGUCAUCCAUGCGCCACAGGAACAGGAAGUGACAUCACUGCAGGACAUGUCCAAUAAGCUGCUGGAGCCCGGUUUCCUUGUGUACGUGUCGGCCGUGUUUUUGCUGUGUGCGGUGCUCGUCUUCUAUUUCUCUCCUCGGGUCGGGAGCUCCAACAUCCUGGUCUACAUCAGCAUCUGCUCGCUGCUGGGAGCCUUCACCGUCUCCUCCGUGAAGGGCCUCGCCAUCGCCAUCAACACCGUGUUAUAUGAUAUUUCAGUGCUCGCCAGUCCUCUCACCUGGAUCCUGCUCGUCACGCUCAUCGUCUCCAUAGUAACACAGGUGAACUACCUGAACAAGUCUCUGGACACCUUCAACACCCUGCUGGUCUACCCCAUCUACUACGUCCUCUUCACCACUGUGGUUCUGUCCACCUCCAUCAUCCUCUUCCAGGAGUGGAGGAGCAUGGCAGCCGUGGAUGUGGUCACCACGCUGGGGGCGUUCCUGGUCAUCGUGGUGGGCGUGUCCAUGCUCCACCUGUUCAGAGAGCUGCAGUUGACGAUGAAGCAGCUGACCAGUCAGCUGUCUCAGCCGGUGGAGAGGGAGGGGCUUGCAGACGAGGUUUCAGCCAAUGAACGACCAGCAGCAGGAGGAGGAGGAGGAGGAAGCAGGAGUAAAAAGAAGGAUAAAUAUGGACUGAUGGACAACAUGGUGAUAGAGAGUCUUCCUCCUAUGAGAGAGGAAGGGCCGAGAGUCUUCAUCAUCAGCUGAGAGGGACAGAGGUUUGUGUUUCCUGUCUGGGCGGGGCUGUCGUCCUCGCGCUGAUACUGUAAAUCUGUGUGCACUUUAUUUUAACGGCCUCUAGUCUGACAACGUUUCAGUUCACCACCGACGUCUGUCAGCGUUCAAAACAAAAUUUACUGUAAAGGUUCUGAAACCAGAGAAACUGAGCCGCUCACACCGAGUCACUGCACACGCCCAAAUACUGGAUAUAAACUGUCCAAGAGUUAUUUAAGACUGACUGAAAACAAACUGUUUAAACCAGCUGUGGAGGACAUGUGAGACACUUCAUUACAUCGAUGUGUCUCUGAAGAGGCUCACCGGGUUCAGGACUCAAAGAGACAUCAAACAGCUACAGAGAGAAUUAAUGCGACUACAAAUACACAGAAAAGGAUCAAAAAGAGACACAAAGAGAUGCAAAACAAUAAUCAACAGAAUUAAUACAACUUCAGAGACACAUAAAGAAACUACAAAGAGACAACAGAUGGCUACAAAGAUACAUUAAAUGACGUCAAAGACACAAAACAACUACAAUGAGACACCAAGCAGCUACAAAGAGGCACGACCUCAAAGGCACAAAACAACUGCAAAAAUACAAAACGACUACAAAGAUGCGUAAAACAACUUCAAAGAGACAAUAAAGGACUACAGAGAUGUAUAGGAUGACUACAAAUGCACAGAUCAACUACAAAGAGAACUGAGGUGAUGACAGAGACACAAAACAACUUCAGAAAGAUUCAACAAUAGAAAAUAAAGAGGUGAAAUGUUUUGCGUAAAUGAAAUGACCAGUGUAAGCUGGACGUCUGUUGUUCCUGUUGAAGGAGGCGACAGGCGUGUUCAGUAACACCAGGAAACAUAUAUGAAACCUUUAGUUUCCCUCAGUGACCUCAUCAGCCUUCAGCCAUCAACCAGCUGCUUUAUUUAAGUCUCGUCUUCAUGUCUGAUUGAAAUGAAUCAGCUGAUCAGAGUUUCUUCCUGUCGACAAAUCCCUCAGAAAAAAUAAAAGUCUCUCAGUGCUCUGAGUUUCCUCCUGUCUGUGGCGAUUUUUAUAAAACCCAGCACUGCAGCUGAUGAUCACCUGACGAUCACCUGACGAUCACCUGACGAUCACCUGAUGAUGUGAACAGUAGCUGCUGUGUGAGGACGCCACCUGACACCUGCUCUGACCUGAGAUCAGUUUAAAUAAAUAACAAGCUGCAGUGUAUUGAGGUCACACACACACACACAGGUGUAACCAGAGAGCGCAGACCUCGGCUCUGUGUGUACGUUUCACUCUGCUGUACAGUAACUACACCUCAAAUCUACGUCUCAGGUAGAAUCAAACAACACAAGUGGUUUACCUCUGAAGCUCCAGAGCUGUGUGCAGAAACGUUAACGUGCAGCACUGCUGUUUGUUGGACAUCAUUCUCAUGUACGUGUUGUGUUUAUUUUCAAACAGGGACAAAAAAAUCUGUCUUUGCAUUUUAUUUUGAUCAGUCUGUUUUUACAAAAGUGCUCCUGACGUCUGUAGUGAGGCUUUGACUCGACAUGAGAGACAUGGAGCCCUUCGGAGACACGCACCCAUCAGCCAGAACAUUCACACCACAGGUGAAGUGAAGAACUGUGGUUAUUCUGUUGCACCUUUGGUUCAUUCACUCAAACACCGGUCAGUGAUCGGUGUGUAUCGUGCAUCACCAGCCAGCCUGAAAAUACACAGAUAUGAGCCCUGAUUCUCAGAGUGAAGGCAGGCUGAUGAAGGUGUCGGCCAGUCACAAUCAGUUUUAGUUCAUUUGGAGAUUAACGUCUCGUCUAUUUAAGUCGGGGGUCGUCAGCCUUCGCUAUCCAAAGAGCCAUUUUUGGCCAAAAAGGAUUAAAAAAAUCUGCCUGGAGCAGCAAAACAUAUUUGAUCAUAUCAUAAUAAAACUUACAGCCAGUUCAUCAGCAUCACCAACUGAUCUGAACGAGCGUUCACCGACAUGAUUCAGUGCGAGGCAGCUCCUCUGCACUCAGGUAGUUAUCAUUAUUUGGUGCUUGAACUCUGCAGCGUUGCCGAUGGAAGCAAACCAGUCUGUCAGUGCACCGUUAAAGUCUCUUUUUUCCUCUGAGACUUUUUCCCUUUUUGGAUUUAGAGUCCAUAGCGAGGAAGACUCCAAGACGACUGUCGCCAUCACCCGUGCUGUUGUGGAGGAAGAGGCUCCAGGCCAGACGUACGACAUGUUUUAGUGGACGAAAUGUUUUUUUAAAUCGCUACACAGGCUGCACAUUUAUACAGCUGAAGAAUGUGAGAUUCACUUUAAGCCUACAGAAUAAAUGAAAAUUGAAAAUGUAUUCAUAAUUUAAUUUCCAUGUAGGUUUCUGUUGAAGCCACAGGGAGCAGCUGGAGAGCAGCACGUGGCUCCGGAGCCGCAGGAUGCCGACUCCUGAUAUGACAAACCUCUGCUUUAAGUCACCACAACACAUAAUGAAAUAUUAAUAAUCAGAAGAAAACCCUGAACUUAUUGUUGACUCUGAUCUGUUCUGUGGAUUUGUCGACAUUUGUCGCAGAUUUAUUCUUUGUUCCUCCCAUCGCACUUUAUUCACUUUAACGAUCAUUUCAAAACCUUUAUGGACCUAAAACACAUUUCAUGACAUUAAAUGAAUGAUUAUAAAGAUACAAAUCUGAUGUCAGACGUCACUGUAAUAAUGUGAAACAUUUAUCCAGUUUUAUUUUUGUUAGUUUGUAUUUUGUGUUGAGCAGUGACUGAGGUCGUUUUCUCAUCAGCACCACUAACGAAAUAUUUCAGAUAUUAGUCGUUAGUUUGUCGUCGUCAGACCAGAGGCCCCGAGGUCAAACAGAUCAGGUUGUUUUAAAUGAAGGAAAAAGAAAAUCAAAUCAGGGAAUCGACCUGGUUUGUAGACGAUGAGAGACUCUGUGGUUUCAGGAGGCGACAGAGUUCAGAGUGAGACAUCUCUCUGCUUCUUCUUCGUCUUCUUCUUCUUCCUGUUACUGACUCGUCUUCUGGUGUUUCAGAUCGUGUCUGAACGUCCUCUCUGCCGACAGCUGGAGUUUAUGAAGCAGCCGACACACAGACUCUGAAAUAUUCUGACCAUUGUUGAGUGUUUUUAUAACCUCAAUCUGUCUCACAGCACAAACACAAAACACACACAGACGAGAAGAAAAGAACAAAUCAGAGAUAUUACAGAAUAUUAAAGAUAAGAUCUUCUGUAUUGUCUCCAGAGGGAAGUUGUGCUCAGGCAGUAGAGCCACACUGAGCUGCACAACAGUCCAGUCAGUAUGAGAGUACAGUGGAACAACACAGGCAUAAUGAAUACAUCCAGAGUGUAUAUGAACACACUCGAUGAUGGUCAGUGUAUUGAUGUGUAACGUGUGUGUGUGUGUGUGUGUGUGUGUGUGUGCGUGCAGCUGAAGACUCGUCUGCUGAUGACGCUCAGAGGAACAAACCAAUCAGACUCAUUAUUGACUCACAGAGUUUUGAUGCUGCAAACUUAAAGGAACGUUCUGCUGCUCUGCUCUGUUCAUGGCUGACACACAACACUUUGCAUUAAUGCCGUCAGUUAGAGGUUGUGAUGUCACAGCAGGUGAAACUUCACUCAGGUGAACACACUUCCUCUCUGAGCCUCAGGUGUUCAGAUUGAUUCUCUGUAUGCUAAAUAUGUAGCCACAGCUGCUUAGCUUAGCUUAGCUUAGCUUAGCAUAAAGUCUGGAAAUGGGAAAACAGCUAGCCUGGCUCUGACUAUAGAUUAGAUCCACUGAUCAGCUGAUCCUGGUUUAAUCUGAGCAAAACCUGCAGACUGCCGUCGGGUUCGAGCCGCGGGUUACACAACAAACUGUUUUUACUCUUUAGUUUCUGAGCAGGAUCAACAAACAGGUCAGGUACAGAUAUACUGACUUAAUUUGAAUUUUGUUUUUUGCAGGAUGUAGAAAAUCUCAACAUCGAGACAGUCGAAUCAUUACGAUGCCACAAAAUGGAGCAGAUACGUUAACCGUCUUCUGUCGGGUUCAGACCACAUGAUAUCAGCCUGGUUACAGCCCAACGUGGCGUCGUACUGUGCCGGCUCAGAUCGUGAACGAGUGUUGUACUGAUAAUCCAUGGUUUCAUCUGGUGUAGUGUGUCAUAGUAGACAACAACUGACGCCACGUCUGGGACGCCUCACGACGUCCCACAGAAAGUCUAGCAUGUUUGAUUUUCUUCUCCUGUCACAGCCGUCACUUUGACCAAUAGGAACACAGAACAAUCUGUUGCCAUGGAAACUGUAUGACAACAACAGGCCAGCCUUGUAGAUAUUUCCUGCAGGGACGUUAGCACACAGAGUGAAGGAAGGAAACGGCAGAAACGACAUUAAAGAGGACUGUGUGAACAGGCCGAGGGUCCAGGUACCACGUCUGAAGGGUUAGUGUUGGUCAGAGGUGCUGGACUCAAAGGGUUUAACUGUUCUGUCAUGUAGCGGAGUUGCUAACGUUAGCUUGCAGCCAGCCCGCUGAUGUCCCGCUGAUGGGCUGAAAGAGAUUAAACUUGUGGUCUGAUCUCUGUUUAGUUGGAGCCGUCUGUUUGAAUAAUUCGUAUGAAGAAGAGUUAAAAAACAAAUAUGAUGCUCAGUCAUGUUUUAAUGUCCGUACAUCUUGUAGCAAAACAAGCUUGAAAAAAGUUGAUUUAAUAUUUUAGCUAUUCAGAAAAAAAGCUGUUUCCAGUCUUUAUGCUAAGCUAAGCUAAGCUAAGCUAAGCUACACUAAGCUAACUGACUGUACAGACAUGAGUGUCGAACUCUUUGAACUGUUCCUUUAACUUCACAUCAUCAGAACAAACUUUGACAACAGAAAACAGACGUAUUUUUAUUUUUUAUCUGCAGCAGAUUUUUAGUUUCUGCAAGUUUGUAUUUUAAAAUUACUUGUAACCAAAUUUGGCUUUUGAGGAAGCAAAAAACAGGUUUAUGUUUUAGAAACUGAGCGUUUAUACAAAGCUGUGUGAUUUAAAGUUCAACUGUUGGAACAAAAACAAAAACUCUGGUUUAGUUUUAUUUCUUUUUUCUGAAGUCUGAAACUCAAACGUUAUAUUUCCUGUUUGUGUUUUUAUAUUUUUAAUGCACACAGAUCGUUUCAAUAAAGAACAACAUGAUGAA